AUCUAGUUCAUUUUCAACCUCGGCCAAAAUUACAUAAAAUUUUUUUGUAACAAAAUUUUUGGAAUUUCAUCUCUUCACCCGCAGAAUGGAUUCUAAAAAAGAGAGUAACUCGUUCGCCCCCAAAACUUUAAUUUAUAUGCUUGAAUUUGUGAUUGAUGAUUUGUUAAUAACACGUCAGAACUUAUGCGCGCCCGAGGAAUAUCCGACUUGUGUAGAGAUUACGUUCCGUUCUACAGUGUUUGUGAGCAUCUGCGACCGUGAGUACGGAACGUGUGUAAAUCCCAAGGCGCCCAAAUGCUGCAAAUGUUGUAUAUUUGCGCUGGAAUCGCCAGUAACGGACAAGGAUAUGCUUUUAAUACAUGUGUAUAAGAAGAAAACGAGUCGCUGUAAAUUUCUGAUUGGGCUGACAGAGUUGCCAAUGAAACCACUUUUCGACCGGGUGAGAGAAUCGUUCGAUGCUGAAAAUAUAAACUGGGAAAAGGUUUGGAGUGAACAGCUGCAGUUAGUGCCGAAAUUGAAGGGCCCCAACAAGGAAGUUAUGGACAAUUGUGCAUGCUACGAUCGCGGCAAUGAGCGACGCGAACAAUUGUGCCAAACCUCGGAGAUAACCAAACGUCUAUUGCCGCUCUUCAACCUGUGCAAGCAGCAGACCGGCAAUAUUGUGCUCAUCAUACGACUGGUCUGCAAUGGGCCGUCGCUGGUAUCCUCCUUUCCACUCAACACUUCAAUCUGUUCACGGAAUCCAGUCUGUCCUCCGCCCUGUCCACCCUGUGGCCAGAGUAAGCCCAGCUGCCCAGAGGAUCCCUGUGACCCCUGUUGCGGCGGUGGGUCGACAAGUGCGACUGGCGGUCCCAUGGAUACUGGCAAGAAAAGCUGCAAGGGCAGUUGUCCAUCUUGUCCACCACCCAGCUGCGUUCAGCCAGAUCCCUGCGCGCGGCCAGUCGACGAUAGAGGGAAGUGCCUGCGCUACUUUGCCUGCAAUCUGGACAAGAUGUGCCCCUGUGACACCUGCGAGGAUGAGUUUGACCGCGAGUGUCCCACUGUACCGAGCAAGCGACGUCCGAAAUCGGUCAUUGAACAGCGCCUGGAGCCUUGUGGUCCCUGCGGUGGCGUUCCAGCCCAUCCCCGAUACGUACAAACUCAAAAGCAACUGGGUUUGGAGGAGAGCCGUAAGGAGAAACGUGAGGAAAAUAAACAAAAGGAGAAGGAGAAGAAGAAGGGCAAACGUGAGUCUGGCGGCGGUCUGUACCGCGAAGACGAACCGUCAACGUCCUGCUUCGCCGGAGAGUCGAACCAAGCUCCCGACUGUGGCGGCCCGGAAGCCUGCAAUCACUGCUGCCCCGAAUAUGCCAGUUGCUGUAAUAUUGCGCGUAGUCGAGCCAUACGUCAAUUGCAUCAUCUCCUGCUCAAGUACAACAUUCACGUGGACUGAUCUCUCCCAUGUGCAUCAGGCAAACGGCAAAGACAGAAACCCAACGGAGCACAAUGCGUAUAUACUUAUACGUAAAUUUGUAUAUACCUAUAUAUAGUUAUAUAUCCAUAAAACUAAAUGGAACUCAAAUCGGAAUGCCUCGGAUCGCACUUCGUUCUACUGCCAGUGAUCGACGGUCGUUAGUCAGUGUUGUCCCAUGUCUCAUUCGACCAACACAAAGUUUCAAAUCUAGCGGAAUACCUUAGAGUAAUCGUCGACUCGGAGCUGAAAGGGAGACCAGGUGCAGUACAUGCCGUAGCAAGCUUUGAUAUUCAAGAUGAUAAAGCUGUUAUUUGGGGGGUCAGACUAUUAUUUGAAUGAAUCUUAGCUUUCACGGAAGAAACUCGUUUUAACAAACCUCACUCAUAAUAUGAAUUAAA